AUGGCUUAUAGCAGCAUCUACGACUAUCGCGAUGCGCCACUUGAUGCACAACACCACGCAGGACGUAACGAGGUCUUGAAGCCGUCCAUUCCCAACAACGGUGAUCUAUACAGACCCGACGGGUGGCCUUCGAACACUUUUGCGGAGAGAAGAACCCUUGCCGACCAUGUCGUUCGAGAAUAUGCAACUCUGCGCAAGCUCCGACCAAAGACUCGGUCCAAAAGCCUCCUUGCUUCGCACAAGAAAGCACUUGUUGGAGUGGCAACAUAUCUAAACGAGAUUAAGAAGAUGGAGGUAUCCGAACAAUCCGUUGGCACCAUGACGGAAGAGACAGAUCAAGAAAAGGAGAUGUCGCCGCCGCCAAACUUUCUAGCUGACUUUGAACUGCCCUCGCGAUCACAGAGCGUUACCUCACCGGCAGACGAACUCGAAUCUCCACAGAUCCAGACUUCAGACGGCAUCGCCAAACUCCCCAGCGCCCUCAAACAAGAGUCCCUCCGCUCCGCCAAGUUCUACUGA